UGGAAAAAUGUUCAUCAUCCGAUAAUUCAUCUUCUUUCUCCUCCGUAAAUCUCACGAGUCUAACGCUUCUCUUAGGGUUCCAUUUUCCGAUGCCGAUCAUUCCGCCACUUGAUGAUCUACAUGUGGAUCUAAUCCGAUUUUACUGAAAAAUCGUUUCGCAAUAUAUAUAUUUUCCUAUUUUUGUUCGCUCUGUACAAAAUUUAACUGUGUACAAGAAAUUACGAGAGAAGUUGGAGAACUGUGAAUAGAAGAGCAUCGAACGAUGCAUUCGGUGCCUUCCAACGAUCUGAUUCUGCACACGCGCCCACACGUCUCCUCCUUCUAUGGCGCCUCGUGUUCUCAUCGCCUGAAACAUCUGCAGAAAAGUGAUCGGCGUGGUAAUCUCAGUAGUUAACGUUUUGCCAUAGAUUUUACUUGAAUUUAGGUUCCGUUUCUUUCAUCGAGGGUUUUUCCGCUUUUUAUCAAUUUCCGGCGAGGUAUUGUUCACAUAUCGUAAGAAUACUGGUAAGUUUGGCGGUGGAGCUAUCGUUGUUUGGAAAUUGAGCUAUCGCGGUUUUCCGACCCUCCUAUUUUCUGUCGGUUGGAUAUCGUAUAUUAGUUUGGAGGAUUUUCGACGGCGGUUGGAUUUACGACGGUACUUUCUUUAGCUCUUCUCUUCAGUUGUUCCUGUUGUAGAUGGAAGUUUGCGUUCCUUGUAAUACACCCGCAUGUCUAGAUAUAAGCAGCAGUGGGUCUUCACAGGAUCCACACAACGGAAUUCAGUACGACUCGACGGAUAUUUCCGUCAGUGACCUGAAAACAUGUUUGACUGAAUUUCUGAACAUCGAAGACAUCGGAAUAUCAAUUAGUGGCUUCAACUUGUCUUCUGGGAAGAAUGAUAUAGGCAUUGUGGUGAAGGAAAAUGAGUGCAACCACUUGGAUAAGAGUAAGUCUGGUAAUUCAGCUUCUGAGAAAUGCUUUAGCAAGUGUGCAACAUUUCCCACUCUUUGUGGACCUAAAUCCUCUGGAGAUGUGUUCUUGGGUGGAGAAGGAAAGCAGGAGGAAGGUCUAAAUGAUGAGGUCUCUGAAGUGAAUGGUUCCAGUCAACCUGUUAAUCAAUCCUAUUCACGGUCCAUGUCACUGCCUACUCCUUCAAAGCUUGUAUCUGCCAUGAAAGGUAGCCGUGAAAAGCAGGGUAAACCACCUCAAAGGCUGUCAGUAACCUGGGCCCCCGAUGUGUAUGAUCCAAUCCCUACAUCAGUGUCACAUGUUCCAUCAAAUAAGAAUCAACGCCAUCGCAGUGAUGGUAAGAAGUCUGGGAAGUACAAGCAGAAGGGUGGUGGCAAAUGCACACGAGGCAACAAAGGAAAAGACAAGAAGCAAGCUCGGAGAAAUGGUGGUGGGGUCUCCAAUAAGAUCAAGCCCUUUCGUGAUGAUCAUGGAUUGGUUGGUUUUAGUGAGCCCCAGGCGAGCACCUUAGGUUUUACUGGGAGUCCAGAUCCAUUCUGCGGAAGCAGUUUUUUGAAGGAAUCUAUGACAGAGUCGCACUUUCCAGUUGCAGAGGCCACAGGAUGAUGAACUUGUUAUGUAACUCUUGUUUUAUCUCGCCCAGUGUAAAUAAAUAAGUUGAGGUGGGUCUUGUUGACGAGUGAAACUUGCAGGUGAUCGUGGGAAGGUGUUUUUUGGGUUGCUGUAUUAAGGUGUAUUAAGCGCAGUUUCUGUGAUUUUUACUGAUUAGAUACUUGGAUCUAUUAUUGUCUUAGUAUAUUGGAAUUAUUAUGGCCUUUUUAAUGUCUUGGUGAGUUGGAGAUAUUAUGGCCUUGUUAAUGUCAUUGUAAGUUGUAUGUUGGGAAUAUUAAGGUCUCGCCAUUACAUUUGUAUGUUGGAAAUAUUAUGGUCUUGUUAUUGUCUUGGCAUGUUAGGAUACUAUCGUCUUGGUA